CGAACGGAGUUUUAAAGGCUAGGGCGUGUUGUGCGAGCUCAUAGGCCUGUUAUUGACCAUCGAUAGAGAACUUUUCCCAGACCCAAAGUUGUCAGGCAGCGCAUCUUAAGCGCAUGCGCACUUCUAAUCUACCCUGUUCUAAAUAAGAGUUAAAACAGAAACGAGGUGAGUUCCACAUUUUUAUACAAUGCGUCAGUUUAGACUCCAUUAUUUAUAAUAACAGUGGCGAAAUAAGAAAAAUCGGCAUUCGUUUUGUUCAGUAAGGUUUGUGGAUAAUUAAGGAGUGGGAAUGACAGACACUCCACCCAGUGAUGUCCCUUCUCAGGGAGGGGAGUUUGAUAUGAUGGGCGCUCUGGACUGGAAGGAUGGUAUAGCCACAUUACCAGGCAGUGACAUUAGGUUCCGCAUGACAGAGUUUGGGACACUUGAGAUUGUGACAGAUCUAGAGGUCAAAGGGCAGGAAACACAGCCUAAUCGUGAGACCUUGGACCCAGCUCCGUCACACACUCCCACCCCUCCUCCAGAAGGGCAGUCACAGGCUGGUACAGCCAAAGCUCCAGCCAAUCAGAAUCAACCUGGAUCAUCUCAAGGCAAAGCUCCUGGUCCUGCUGUUCUAUCUUUACAGGCGGGCUCUAGUGUAGCAGGAGGUCCCAGUGUUGUGGUUGGCUCUAAUGUAGGCAAGAAUGGCUCAAACGGAGAGCUUUCACAGUGCCGGGUCUGCAGUAGUCGUGUUCCUCAAACUGCCCUUCUUCAGGGAAAAUUCUGUAGCUCCAUUUGUGCACAGCCCUCCAGUGGCAGAUCGUCUCCCAGUGAAGCUCGGGAGAUUCACACAGCUGAAGGUGAGCGGCUCAGUAAACGCGUUCGCAAAAAGAGGAAGAUCUACAUGGAUUCAGGAGACGAAGAAGAAGAAAACCAGGAGGAACCAGAGGAAAAAGCCAAGACUACCAAAGGCAGAAGAGGAGCAAAAAUUGCAAAAUUGGCAGUGGCAGCCCCGGCCUCUAAGAAGCGAGCUUGGAGCUGGCCGUCCUACCUGGAGGAGGAACGAGCUGUUGCUGCUCCUGUCAAACUUUUCAAAGAGCAUCAGUCGUUCCCUCAGAGUAGGAACGGUUUUAAGGUGGGGAUGAAGCUGGAAGGACUGGACCCGUCUCACCCGUCUCUUUUCUGUGUGCUCACCGUCGCAGAGAUUCAAGGAUACAGAGUACGGCUUCACUUCGAUGGUUACCCAGAAUGCCACGACUUCUGGGCCAACGCUGAUUCCUGGGAUUUAAAACCACCGGGCUGGUGUGAGAAAAACGGACACAAGUUGUUGUUGCCUAAAGGAUGUAAAGACGGAGAGUUCAACUGGAGCAUGUACGUCAAGAAUUGUCGGGGUCAACUGGCCCCCAAACACCUUUUCAAGAGUCUCAACACAUCUGUGACUCCGUCCGGUUUUAGAGCAGGGAUGAAGUUGGAGGCCGUAGACAGGAAGAACCCUUCUUUGAUCUGCGUAGCAACCAUCGCUGCUGUGGUCGACAACCGUCUGCUCAUUCAUUUCGACAACUGGGACGAUACGUACGAUUACUGGUGCGACCCCAGCAGUCCAUAUGUCCAUCCUGUGGGCUACUGUGAAGAGGCUCAGUUAACUUUGACCACCCCAGCUGGUAAGACACAGACCAAGACGCAUGUGGAGUACAAGCAGCCCAAGAGUUUCUCCUGGGAGAAGUACAUGGAGGAAACAGGAACACAGGCCGCUCCUGCUCGAGCUUUCAAACCACGACCUCUGCACGGUUUUCAGAUUGGAAUGAAGGUGGAAGCUGUCGACAAGAGGAACCCGAUGCUCGUCCGUGUUGCCACCAUAGCAGACACGGAGGACCACCGUCUGAAGAUCCACUUUGAUGGCUGGAAUUCUGAGUAUGACUACUGGGUGGAGACGGACUGCCCCGACCUGCACCCCGUCGGGUGGUGUCAGAAAACCGGACACCCACUACAGUAUCCUAACGGGCCCAGUGAGAUAUUGCCACCUCCUGGACAAGGUUGUCCAACCCCAGGGUGUAACGGAGUGGGUCACAUCAGAGGACCUCGCUAUGGGACUCACUACACUCAGGUGAGCUGUCCUUACUCUGAGAUGAACCUGAACAAAGAGGGCCUGCUGCCCGACCGCCUCAGUGGCGAACGACCUCUCACCCUCAGCGGACCUCCCCCCAGGGGGCGUCGUCCCGAUCCUGCGACUAACACAACGCCACAGCCCGCCUCUACACCUGAGCAGACCGAAGCAGCCGCCGAGGAGUCCCAGAACAGGAAACCAGAGUUGGUGGAACCUGAGCGAUUGGGAUGCAGCAAUCCGCCUGAGCCAACGGGUGGAGCCAGUGAGCAGAGCCAAAAUGGAACAAGACCUAAACGAACUGCUCCCGUUCCCAAAUAUCUGAAAAUGCACUAUAUUAAGGAGGAGAUCGGUGACGGUAAAGCCUCCCCAGACUCCAUCUCUCUCCAGCAGGCCCUCCACGAGUCUGUGUUCUCUCCUGGCAUCUCCACCUCUCCUCACCACCGGGUGGCUCUCUGCUGGGACAAACACUGCCAGCUGCUGCCUGAGGUCGUGGGACUGAAUGCCCAAAAAGUGGCUGCUUGGAACGCAGAGGAGGUGGCGGGUUUUGUUAAAGGACUUCCUGGAUGUAAAGAAUAUGCUACGGUCUUUAAAACAGAGCAAAUUGAUGGCGAGGCUUUUUUGCUGCUCAAUCAAAUGGACAUCGUCAAGAUUCUGGGAAUCAAGUUAGGCCCCGCCCUGAAGGUCUUCAACUCCAUCCUUAUGAUGAAGCACGUGGAUGAAGAGCCGGACCUGACCCCCUAAAGAUUAAUUCCCUCCUCAAAGGUUCCACUUCCAUCAACACUCUGCUACAAGGCUUGUUUUUUUCCUGUUAAAGACUCCGCUCCAUGGCAGAAACCAGAGCUAACGUCCAUCCGUCCUCUGUUUCUCUCUGUGACAGACGGCACUCGCCCACCACAGGGAGGAGACCACCAGGACGACACUUGUUUUGCCUUUAUUUACCUAUCACAUCAUAAACAUACAGCACCUUCAUGACUUGGUUAAUGUGUACAGUUUGAACUUAGUGUUUUGAGUUUGUUGUUUUUCUUUAGUUUUAUAUGAACUGUAAAUGGUGCUUCAGAGCAGAUGGGACAAGCAUGGGUUUUUUUUGUUACUUUUUUUGCAAUUUCUUUUUUUAAUCCUGCAAAAUACAAUCGUAAAGUUUUAAAAUGUGAAACCUGUGGAGCAAAAGCACUACGUAGUUCAGCGUUCCUCCUGCAGAUGGAGACAACGGGCCACUCCACGGGCCCGCAGGCUGAAAGAGCCUGGUCAAUUUAAAGUUGGCUACAGCUCAGACUGAAUGAGGGAUGGUUAACAUUUAGUGUGUACGUGUGUGCUUGCGUGUGAAGUGUGUGUGUGUGUUGAAGAAUGAGCAUGUAAUUUCCCACCAGCCUUUGCGUGUUUGUGUGCGAGAGAGAGAGAGUGUUGUGUAGUGUUGUUGGUCGGAGGUUUUCUUUUGUGACAGGCGGAGCAGAGCUAAGAGCUAAUUGUUAAGUCCAGGAUAUUUUGCCCUUUUCCCUCUAAGGUGGUGUAAAAGAAUGUAGCAGCUCUGUUGGCCCGCCUCUGAUUCUCCGCAAAUGGCACAUGAAUGUGUUUGUUUCUAAAAGAAAAACAACUUCUGGCAGUUUUGUUUACAUUAAUGAUCUUGUAUGAAUAACCCUGUCAUUCUCUAUGUAAAUAGUUUAUAAUUACUAAAGGUCAACGUUGCCUCUCACACGAUUUUACUCCUGUUUGGUUUUGCAAAGCCCUGGUGUUUGUCUCCAGGGUAAAACGUAUCAAAAAAGUAUCAGUGAACUUAAAAAAAAAAAGAAAAAAAAAGAGAGAGAAAUAAACCUCAGUUCAUCUUCACCUCUGGUUGACAGAGAAACCCGCUCAGUGUUUUUGUGGAGGAGUGCACCUCAGCCAGUGGAGCGUGUACGUCCAGCACAUACAGCUACUGUUUAUAUGCAAACGGCUUUUAUUUAUGUAUUCUAAUUUAAGAGGUAAUGGAACGUUUCUCUGGCUGCUCCUGAGGUACAUGUGGUUGUUUAAAGGAAUGUGUGAAUGGGGUGAAAAUAAAUGCGAUGCACACUG